UGAGCGGUUGUUCGCGUUUUGAAAAGAGAAGGGCCAAACCAAUGGUUAAUGCUUCCCUUCUUUCGCUUUCUUCACAGAAACACACACACACACACACAGAGUAGAGAGAGAGAGAGAGAGAGAGAGAGAUUCUGCUUCUUCUUCCAUUGUUCAUGCAUUGUCGAAAUAUGUUGGUUUGAACCAAGUUUUUAAUGUGGUUAUCAAUGAUUUGACUAAUUAAAGGUUGAAAAGGCAAAGAUUGGAGUAAUGGCGGUGGAAAUGUGAAGGAAGAAAUUGACAAACACGACUGCAGAAUGAGCAAAGAGCACUGCGGCGGCGUCGUAAAGGCAUGGGAGGCGACGGUCAGGAAGACGCAAGCGGCGGCGAAGAAGCGCGCUAACAGUUUGUUUGGGUCGACGUCCGUAGCCCAUGUCGACGACGAAGAAGGCGAAAUUGACCAAAUCCCUGCAAUUCCAAACGAACCCAAAAUUGGGGAAACGUACCAGGCAGACAGAGUUCUCUCCAAUGGCGAUUACUACACGGGACACUGGUCCGACAAUUUCCCUCACGGGCAUGGAAAAUAUUUGUGGACGGAUGGGUGUAUGUAUGUGGGAGAGUGGUUUAGAGGCAAAACUAUGGGCAGGGGAAGGUUCAGUUGGCCCUCUGGGGCUACCUAUGAAGGGGAAUUCAAGAGCGGGUACAUGGAUGGGAAGGGCACCUACACGGGAAACAACGGAGACACCUAUAGGGGAAAUUGGGUUAUGAAUUUGAAACAUGGUCAGGGUACAAAGAGUUAUGCUAAUGGAGAUUUGUAUGAAGGGGAAUGGAGGAGAGGGUUGCAGGAAGGUCAGGGGAAGUAUCAAUGGAAGAAUGGGAAUCAUUAUGUGGGUGAAUGGAAGAAUGGGAUUAUUUGUGGGAAGGGUGCAUUUGUUUGGACUAAUGGGAAUAGGUAUGAUGGGUAUUGGGAGGACGGAUUGCCAAAAGGGGGCGGAACUUUCAGGUGGUCUGAUGGGAGUUUCUAUGUGGGCAAUUGGAGUAAGGAUCCAAGUGAGCAAAACGGGACAUAUUAUCCAUCGGGGUUGUCGCCAGAGGGGAAUUUUGAAUGGGAUCCCCAGGAGGUGUUCAAUGUUGAUUUGAGUGAGUCUAGAGUUUGUCCUAGCGAGAAGGUCUCGAUUUUGCCAUCGCAAAAGAAGCUCGCAGUUUGGAGGUCGUCAAAGGGCGCCGAUAUGAGCAUAAAGCCUAGGAGAAUGUCGGUUGAUAGCAGGGUGAAUUUGGGUGCAGAUAGAACAUUUGAUAGAAUGCACAUGUGGGAGAGUGAGGGAGAUCUUUGUGGAAUUGUGGAUGGAAAUUCCAUGGUGGGGAGGGGUUUGGAUGAUGGUUUGGAGGGUUUAAACAUUGAAGAAGGAGAUUCAGUAGGGACUCCAAUGCACCAAAUUAGAGUUCCAAAGGUGCCAAAGAAACAGGGAGAGACUAUCGCUAGGGGGCAUAAGAACUAUGAGCUAAUGCUCAAUCUACAGUUGGGGAUAAGGCAUUCUGUGGGAAGACCUGCUCCAGCUGCAUCUCUCGAUUUGAAGGCGUCAGCUUUUGAUCCUAAGCAAAAAUUAUGGACAAGAUUUCCUCCAGAAGGAACCAAAUACACUCCACCCCACCAGUCCUGUGAUUUUAAGUGGAAGGAUUACUGCCCAUUAGUUUUCAGGACUCUUAGAAAGUUGUUCAAGGUGGAUGCAGCAGAUUACAUGAUAUCUAUAUGUGGGAAUGAUGCCCUUCGAGAACUCUCCUCCCCCGGGAAAAGUGGCAGCUUUUUUUACCUGACCAAUGACGAUCGCUACAUGAUAAAGACAAUGAAGAAAGCAGAAGUGAAGGUUCUUCUAAGGAUGCUUUCAUCCUACUAUAACCACGUUCGUGCCUUCGAAAAUACACUAGUGACUAAAGUUUAUGGUUUGCACUGUGUAAAAUUAAUUGGACCUUCCCAGAAGAAGGUACGCUUCAUAAUAAUGGGAAAUCUCUUCUGUUCUGAAUAUACAAUUCACAGACGUUUUGACUUAAAAGGGUCUUCCCUUGGACGCACAACGGAUAAGUCAGAGGCAGAGAUUGAUGAAACCACUAUUCUUAAAGACCUUGAUCUUAAUUUUAUAUUUCGAUUGCAGAAGUCAUGGUUUCAAGAGUUUUGCAGGCAAAUUGAUAGGGACUGUGAGUUUCUUGAACAGGAGAGAAUCAUGGACUAUAGUCUUUUGGUGGGCCUUCACUUCAGAGUGGCACCACCAGCUGGAGAUCUAAUUCCCUCUGGACCCCAAACUCCAACAGCUGACCCUGAGAAUGACUUAGCUCCCCGUCUUUCCACUGCAGCUGUAGAUCAGCUUCUUCUAGAUCCUUCCAGGUGGGCUAGUAUUAGAUUGGGGGUGAAUAUGCCAGCACGAGUUGAAAGGACCAUGAGAAGAAACGACUGUGAAUAUCAGCUCAUAGGAGAACCAACUGGGGAGUUAUAUGAUGUUGUGAUGUUCUUUGGCAUCAUAGAUAUACUUCAAGACUAUGAUAUUAGCAAGAAGCUUGAGCAUGCAUACAAGUCCAUCCAAUAUGAUCCAACUUCAAUAUCAGCUGUUGAUCCAAAACAAUAUUCAAGGCGCUUUCGCGAUUUCAUAUUCAACAUUUUUUCCGAAGAUAAAUGAGUGUUCAGCUUAAAGAAUCACCAGCAAUGAUGUUUCCAAGUUUGACAGUGAUGCCACCAACGUCCAAAAACACCCCUGCAAAUGAUCAGCCUACUUACCCAGGGAGGAGUGCCAUUGUGGCCAUCAUCUCAGCCAAUCCUGUGGAGGAUUAUUUGUUGGCCAGCGGAGGUGAGUUCGGGGCAUUUUUGGCGACAGUCUUUUUAUUAUUUUUAUUCUUUGUUCUGUGUAAAUUCCUUUAAAAUUAUGUUUGUACACAUGCUUAAGGUAUAGGAAUGGUUGUAGUCAUGCAAAUGUUUAGCAUUUGCAAAAGAAGCUACACAAUGUAAAAUUGUUUAGAAAUUUAUUCUUUUGCUGAGAAAUUCUUUUGUAUCAACGCUACAAUGAAAAAUAUUUACGAGCCUCUUGAAAAUACUUAGAACAUUC